UAACUCAAGUAGGCGCAGGACAACACCACAGUCCACUUCUUAAAAGAUGCGACAAUAAAGACGUUGUUUUGUUUCACAUCGGGGCAAAGUAUAUCUGCGGACGAUGACCACCAACAAGAGGAUACCAGCUUCGCAGAUGCUGGGCGACUUUGCGGACAACACGUCAGCCCAUGGCGUCCGCAAGCUGCACGGGAGGGGUCACUGGCUUUUCAAAGUCGUCUGGCUCCUUCUUCUAUUGACAGCAACAGGGCUUAUCCUCAUGCAGGUGUGGCAGCUCAUCAUCCAGUAUCAAAGACGGCCUGUUACAACCAAGACGACGAUAAACACCCGCAGCCUCAAGUUCCCGAGCGUCACCCUGUGCAACCUAAACCCGUUCAAGUACUCCAACAUAAAAAGCAACGAAUUCGCCAUGGCCGCCCUCAGGAGUUUGUCCAGGACUCUCAACGUCUCGCUGGAACAGUUUGGUAACACAUCGCAAUCCGAUCCAGAAAACGAUGGUGGCGGGGAAGUUUUCGUUGAUGACGUCGUAACAUCAAGGAAUACAUACUCAGUGAGUCAGUUCCUGACCCAAGCACCCGAGGAGUUCCGGAUGGAUACUCUGCUAUCUUUGGUAGACAAGACAGACAUCCGUGCGUUGGCACAGCCUGUCUCGGAGCUCAUCGUCAGCUGCACCUUCGCCGGCAGCGACUGUCAUCACAGCGAAUUCUCGUGGAUCUACGACCUUGACUACAUGACAUGCUACCAGUUCCCACGAGAAAACAGCACACGCUCGUUCGACGUCUACAACGCUGGACAACUCUUUGGUCUCAGUUUGAUUCUGAACGUGGACCAGAAAGAGUACAUCCCCUUCGUGACGCCCAGCGCCGGUAUCCGUGUGGCGAUCCACGAGUUCGACUCGCCGCCUAAUCUGAUGCAGAAAGGGCUGACUGCUCCCCCGGGCUUCGAGACAUCCAUUGGAAUCAGACCAGUGGUCCGAAUACACCAGCCAGCCCCGUACGGCAACUGUGAACCCGACAACCCCCAUGGAGACAUUCAAACGUGUCAGCGAAGCUGCCUGGAGGAUCUGAUUGAAAAUGAAUGUGAAUGCUCACGGAGGAUCGACAACCCCAACAACACCACCUACACGUGCUCCGGAGGCCAGACCGACUGCAUAAAGGAGGUUAUCAAGAAAAGACAGGAGGGAAAUCUCACGUGCGGGACAUGCCAGAUAUCGUGCAGGGAGCAUGACUACAUGCGACGUCUCUCCAUGACGACAUGGCCCUCGGACCACCACGACAUGGCUCUCAAAGCUGUCAUCAAUUCCAACAAGGAGAAGUCACUGGGAGACAUUGAUACAAGGAAGAACCUGGUGUCCCUCAAUGUCUUCUUCUCCGAGCUGACUGAGGAGAUCGUGCAGGAGGUGCCAGCUUACAUGUGGGAGAACUUGUUGAGUGACAUCGGAGGCCAGCUGGGACUGUGGCUGGGUAUAUCAGUUCUGUCCCUUUGCGAAGCCAUUGAGCUUGUCCUGUUGAUGAUCGGCAACUGCUUCAAGAGCAAGACAGGCAACAAGGUUACCCACGUGACGCCCAUCGAUGGAAAAUGAAUGCACACGGAUAUGGCACACCCUUGUGUGAAUCACUGGGACCAAACAUUCUAUUUUAUUGUUUUCAAAAUAUUUACAGGUUUCAAAUUGUUUCAAGUGUUUGUGUACUUUUAAUUGUUGUAUCAUGCGUGUUUUAAUAAUCAACUUAAGUUGCUAAUUCAGAACAUAUGUAUGCUGAAAUGAAGACGACAGCAAUAUCACGGUGGGGGACAAUGGGAAUGGGCUUCACAUAUUGUACUCAUUCGAGGAAUCGAACCCGGGGAUUCAGCGCGACGUGCUAACACUUUAACAACUUUAAAGACUUCCCAACCUCCCCCCUUUACGAUAUGGAAACGCAUGAGGUUACUCAUAGAAGUUUGUUUUUGCUUGUUUGUUGCUUAACGCCGCACCCAGCAAUAUUCCAGCUUAACGACUUGGGUCCGUAAGGAAUCGAGUCUGGACCAGACAAUCCAGAG